UUUUCCCAACAAAAUCUUUUUUUUCUGUUGGCUCUGGUAAAAAGACCCACAUAAAUCCUUUGUGGGUUUCUUAUUUUUCCAGUGCUGAAACUAUUUUUGAAAAGAAAAGAUGAUGUGGGACGAGUGGGGCAAUGAAUUUGGACAAGAAUACGAGGAAGAACAGCAGCAGCAAGAAGAAGAAGAUGAUUCUUAUCUUAAAUUUGAUUUCUUGUCAGUGUUGUCUAAACCCAAGGAUUACUAUAGAAUACUGGAAGUGGAUUAUGAUGCCACGGAGGAGGUCAUUCGGUCCAAUUUUAUCCGUCUUGCAUUGAAAUGGCAUCCGGAUAAGCAAAAAGAUCAGGAUAGUGCUACCUCAAAGUUUCAGGAAAUAAACGAGGCGUACCAAGUUUUGAGUGAUCCUGUGAAACGACAAGAAUAUGACAAGAAAGGGAUGCUACGAGCCUAUGAUUACAAUAUCGUCGAAUACCUUAAUCGCUACAAGGGUCUUAUUCUAACGUGUAACGGUCUUGGUAUGAAGCACUCAAUAUGGUAAAGCCAAGACACACCUUCCCAUUGUAGUAUAUCUUGCGAUCCUACUGGCACCACCACAUAUUAAAGGAGUUGGAAUGCACAAAAGCUGGAUCUGUAGUUGAUAUCAAUUAGGCUAUUGUACUAUCUUUUGCACAUGUAUAGAGAAGCCGAUAACACUGCCCUAGUCACAAACCUCAUUUUAGAGGACUGUUUAUAAGAAACCUUGUUUCUAUUCUAUCCUCUUCUCUUUUUGGGAGUUGUAUCGACUGAAGAACUGGUGGCUCUCGUUCUCGUAGAUUUUUUUGGAGAAUAUCCAUGGAUUUUUAUGUUAUCUUAAAUCAUGGUUGAGAAUGAAAUGCGGUUGUGGUUAUGCACACAUUUUCUAU